AUGAGUUGCCCCGAUAUUAAACUCAUCGAAAGACUCAGACAAGAAAAUUUAGAACAGUUUUUUACUUUAGUGCGGAUGCAUUUAUCUUUUGUUGUGGAUAUAAACACAGAUGAUGUUGAUUGUUCAACUGAUAAACCAAAACAAUUCCGAUGGAAUUUUCACAAAAAAACAAAAAAUCCAGGAACAACACCUAAUCACAAUGCAAACAAUAUCAAAAAUAAUGUUGAAGCUAAUUCUAUCACUGAAGAAGGGAUUUCCAGACUAAAUGAACUUAUUGCCUUCCUCUCAAAGCCUGAAAAUGUUACCCAAGAAGGAAUAUUUCGUAGAACAGGCUCAUUGAGUCGUCAACAGGAAUUGAGGCAGUUACUACAUACAGGAUCAAACUUGGGCCUUGAUGAUAGUAAAUUCUCUGUUCAUGACUGUGCUUCAGUACUAAAAGGAUUUCUGGCAGAUUUACCUCAACCACUACUUAUGGAUCAGUAUUAUCAAACAUAUUGUACAUUGGCAGCACAAUAUCCACCAAAUGCUGAAUCAUCAGAGGGUAAACUAUUGACAGCUCUACAGCUUUUAUUGUUACUGCUUACACCAUCACAUAGAAGUUUUCUUGAAAGACUGUUAAGGUUGUUGCGUCUUGUCGCUGAUAAUGAAGCAAGUAACAGAAUGUCACCAGAUACACUGGCCACAAUGUUUACACCACACCUCUUAUGUCCGAGAAAGCUGUCACCAGAAAACUUUCAUGCAGAUUCAAUAGCUAUGUCGCCGGUCAUAAGCUACAUGAUACGACACUCGUGUAGGCUUUUUGAAGCGCCCGCGCAGCUCGCUACUGAUUCAGCGGCGUACUUUGCUCUACGAGAAAGAAAACGGAUCAUGUCGCCUGAUGUAGAUUUGGAUGAAAGCAUUACUGAUAGGACAGCAGCAAGCACGGUGUACACAUUUGUGGACCGUCACCGCACACAAGUCGAGAACGAGACGAACCCAACCGAUACUGCGCUUGCGCAGCUUUACGCCCAUAUCCAGGCGUUGCCCGACUCACAGCAUAAACGACGGCUUGUCAAACACUUCAAUAGACAGAAUGGAUAUGGUACCCCAAUACAAAUACAAAGAACGGGAAAGGUUGCCGGGUCGAGAAGUUUCGGCGAUUCAAUAAAACGCCACAUAUUUAAUAAGGGUAUUUUAAACAAAACACCAAAGAAAGGAUCGACUUCCAUGAUCCAUGCUAUAGAAGAGAAGUGCAAAGGAAAAUUGAAAUUCUCUGACGAUAGCAAAGAUGUAUCUCACAAAAAUAUCGUUCUUAAGAAUUUAGCCAACAAAAUGGCGAGUUCCGAAUCUUUAGAUGACGAUUACGAGUCGGAUGUUAGCAACGAAAGCACAUUAUCCGACGGCGCUUUAAAUAAAUCUAGGAAAAUGAGUCCGAAAUUCGUUUCAGAGCCUAACUUAAGCGCGUUAGACUCGAACGAUGAAACUCCCAAAAACACAAAGAAACGAUCGAGACUGUUCAGAUCCAAAGUUGUCUCGCAGCAAAACAAAAAGUAUCAAAAACGUUCCAAUAUACGCAGUACUCCGACAUCCUGUGUGUCAUGCGUUGAGGACCAAGAUACAGAUAGCGAAGUUUGUACGCCAGAAACUACGCCGAAGAAAAAUAGACACUAUAGCAAUGAUAUAGAAUUGAAAAUUAAUUAUUUGACAUCUACACCGGGGGUGUCUGAGGUUUUUGAUGAGGAAUGUUCGACGCCAUAUUCGAUUAACUUUAGACGCGCCUCAAUGUCGCCUAUAACACAAUCCACACAGAAGUUAUCUAAAGCGAUGCAGGAAUCAAUAAUGACGCCACGUUCCCGCAAACCUUUAAUAAUAACAACGUCGGAACAGCGAGACAUCCCCGAGACGCAAGACAUUUACCAGUCUUUGUCUCCGAAGAACGAUAGUGAUUUCGUCUCUUCUGAGGACGAGAUGAUUCGGUCUAGUUAUUCUUGUGAAAGGUCAAAUUCAGCAAGUGCAUCGCUACCUCUUAAGCAAUUCGAUUCUCGAUCGAAUUGUUCAGACUACAGUCUAUGCGCACCAAGACUAUUCACGAACGAGAGAAAUAACGAUUUAAAUACAACACUAAUCGAUGAUAUACCAAAGAAAUCCGAAGACCAAAAAUCGUUAACCGGCCCAUUUCGGGAGUAUUUAUUAAGUAGAUCGGUGCUGACUGCUACGCCGAUCGAUCUAUCGAUUCUAAAUAAAUCGAAUGACGACGACAGAUUGACUGAUUCUUUAUUAUAUUGUUUGGAUGGUAAUGUACCGUCAGAUUUAACUUCAUCCAUUGGUAAUUUGGCAGUCGAUAUAUCGAAUAGGUCACCGUUAAAACAUUUGAAUUGCGAGUUAAGUCCAAAUAGGAAGAGAUGUGGGAGUACGAUAGAUAGUAUGGAGAAUAAGAAAGUGAUGAUUGAGAAGGAAAAUUUAAAUAACUUUGAAUUACGGGAAACUGAUUUGUGA